AUAAUUAUGUCUAAAACCCGCCUAUUUCUACAAUGUAUCUUCUUAAACUCUGAUUUUAAACCUAACCACAAUGCUUUGCUAGCCCUAUGCCUAAUCUUGACCUUAAAUGAACUCUAAAGUUUUUUUAUAUAGCCACAUUUGACUUUGUGGCUGUGGUAACUAGUGACAACCCAAGAACACCAGUGUGGCCAUAACAAAGCAAGUCUAAAUGAGAGGAUUACGACACCUCUCCCUAGCCUCAGUGGCUAUGGUUUUGGGCAGGGUUCCCUGCAGACUAAACAGCAGAGGGGGACAACCCCCCGCUCCUUUGGGAGCGAGGAUUCUGACCAACCCUGAGGACGUCUUCCAGCAUAACAUGUGGGACCAUGUGAAAUGGUCUGAGGAAGAGAAAGAAAAAGCCAGACAAAAGGCAGACGAUAAUUCUAACUUCCGCAUUCCAUUAGAAGAGCAAGGCAAAUAUGACAUAGACGCCUGUAAAUUCUGGGACAGCUUUUAUGAGACGCACCAGGACAAGUUCUUUAAAGAUCGCAAGUGGCUGUUCUUGGAGUUCCCAGAGCUUCUUCCUUUAGGGCUAGAGAGCAGUGCUACUGAGGAGAGACCAUGUGGUCUGCGGGCCCCAUGCCCAGAGCCUGGUGUGUCAGGCAGGGAGAAAGAGACAGGCCAGCAGCGGCAACAUGCACCCAGUCACCAGCACAUAGAUCCACUGACUAGUGAUUGCCAGCAGUCCUGUAAUCAAGAUGGGAGAGACACUGCAGGGGCUGCCAGGCAGACCAGCUCUUUCCCAGGCGAACAUGCAACUUUCAGGAUCUUCGAGGUUGGAUGUGGGGCUGGUAACAGUGUGUAUCCUAUUGUCAGCUCUAUUAAACAACCUGUGCCAAAGCAUGAUGUCAUCUUGCAUAGAACAUUUUGUCCAGAGGACUUGGCAAGGCUAGGAGAGGAAAGUAACAAAGACACAGGGGCAUUCUUAUACUGCUGUGACUUUUCCCCCCGUGCUGUCCAGCUGGUCAAGGACCACCCAGACUAUGACCAGUCUGUGUGUCACGCCUUUGUUCAGGACGUCUGUGACGAGGUGGGCUCCUUUCCGUUCCCUCCACUGAGCCUGGAUGUUAUUCUGCUGGUCUUCGUGCUGUCCUCCAUUCACCCCGAGCGAGUCCAAGGAGUUGUGACCCGAUUGUCUCAAUUCCUGAAACCCGGAGGGAUACUCCUCUUCCGGGAUUAUGGCAGAUAUGAUCUAUCACAACUACGGUUUAAAAAAGGUCGAUGCUUGUCAGAGAAUUUCUACUCAAGGGGAGAUGGAACGUGUGUUUAUUUCUUCACAAAAGAUGAAGUUCACAGUUUAUUUUCCAAUGCUGGUUUGGAAGAAAUUCAGAAUCUGGAGGAUAGGCGACUACAGGUGAACAGAGGGAAGAAAGUUGUUAUGCGCAGAGUGUGGAUGCAAAGCAAGUUUAAAAAACCUCAACCACUAGCACCACCAUUGUAGUCUACCACCACUGUCCCUGCUCGGACGAACAUGUUGCCCCAGGUUGGCUUUAGCAAGGACUUGUCUAUCCAAAUCAGAGGUCAGAAGGAGGUCAUAAGCAUGUCUCAGUGCAGUGAGAUGUGUUAGUGUGAUGCGUUUACAGUACCACUGGGAUGGUCCAUUAUCGGGCUGAGGGAGUGGUCAACUAUCGUGCCAAGGAAGUACCUUCUGGUUGUUGUGUGCUUAUUAUGGGUUUCACAUGCCAUGUAUGUAAAACUCACUUUUUGUAGGGAGACAAAUGUCAUUUAUUUUGCUGGUUGAGUGUAUGCAUACAUAUACAUAUUUAAUUAAACAGUUUUAUAUGUUGUAUAAACCCAUAAAAUGAAAAUCUGUGAAUGGUACUGUCAUAGAAAUGACUUAUUUGUACCUUUCUUAGUUGGACAUUUAACAAUACAUUAAAAUUGUACCUGCUAUA